UAAUUUAGAGGGAAUUCAAAAUACAUCGAAACCCCUCCACUUCCAGUAAUCCCCAUUUCCAUCUUCAAUUCCUCAACUCAACUCACUGAUUCUUAGGUUUCUAAACUCUGAAACCUUCUUUUUCUCAUACAUUUUCAACUGAGAAUCACUUUUUCAAAUCUUAGGGUUUUUCUUCUCCAAGAACCUUUCAACUUAUUAAACAGUUAGUUAAUUGGAUUUCUUUAUUGAAUUUUGGGGACAAAAGAAUGCAUAUCAAGGAGAUAUGCUUAGAAGGAUUCAAAUCAUAUGCAACAAGGACGGUUAUCCAGGGUUUCGAUCCUUUCUUUAAUGCCAUUACUGGUUUAAACGGCUCAGGCAAAUCGAACGUUCUUGAUUCGAUUUGUUUUGUUUUAGGUAUUACUAAUUUGCAGCAGGUUCGUGCUGCCAAUCUCCAGGAGUUGGUGUACAAGCAAGGUCAAGCUGGCAUUACUAAAGCCACAGUGUCUAUUGUGUUCGCCAACUCUGAUAGGACUAGAAGUCCCCUUGGAUAUGAGGAUCAUUCAGAGAUUACAGUUACUAGACAGAUUGUGGUUGGUGGAAGGAACAAGUAUCUGAUCAAUGGAAAGCUUGCGCAGCCUAGUCAAGUUCAAAACCUUUUCCAUUCGGUGCAAUUGAAUGUUAAUAAUCCACAUUUUCUCAUUAUGCAAGGACGCAUAACAAAAGUUUUAAAUAUGAAGCCACCUGAAAUUUUGUCCAUGCUGGAAGAGGCUGCUGGAACUAGAAUGUACGAGACUAAGAAAUAUGCUGCGCUGAAAACACUUGAGAAGAAGCAAAGUAAGGUUGAUGAGAUCAAUAAGCUUCUUGACCAGGAAAUACUUCCAGCUUUAGAGAAGUUGAGGAAGGAAAGGAUGCAAUAUAUGCAGUGGGCUAAUGGAAAUGCUGAACUAGAUCGACUGAAAAGAUUUUGUAUUGCUUAUGAAUAUGUUCAAGCUGAGAAGAUUAGAGACACUGCUGUUGGUGAGGUGGAACAAAUAAAGGCAAAGAUUUCUGAGAUUGAUGAUGGUACGGAAAGGAUACAGGUGGAAAUACAGGAACUGGAGUCAAAAGUAUCACAAUUGACUGCUGAAAAGGAAGCUAGCAUGGGUGGGGAGGUUAAGACUUUGUCAGAUAAAGUACAUGUUCUCUCUCAAGAUCUAGUGCGUGAAGUUUCCGUGUUGAGUAAUAAGGAGGAUUCUUUAAAGAGUGAAAAAGAGAAUGCUGGAAAGAUCGUCUCUAGUAUUGAAGACUUGAAGCAGUCUGUAGAAGAGAGGGCAGCUGCUGUUGUAAAUUCUGAAGAAGGAGCAGCUCAGCUCAAAAAGAGAGUUGAUGAACUCUCAAAGAGUUUAGAAGAGCAUGAGAAGGAUUACCAAGGUGUCUUAGCUGGUAAGAGCAGUGGAAAUGAGGAGAAAUGCCUUGAAGAUCAACUGGCUGAAGCGAGAGUUGCUGUUGGGAAUGUGGAAACAGAGCUGAAACAGUUGACUACAAAAAUCAGCCAUUGCCAAAAAGAGCUGAAAGAGAAAAAGCAUCAGCUAAUGUCAAAGCGCGAGGAAGCAAUUUCUGUAGAGAAUGAACUUAACUCUCGAAGUAAAGAUGUGGAAAACGUUAAAUUGGCAUUGGAUUCUCUUCCAUAUACGGAGGGGCAGAUGGAAGCUCUGCAAAAAGAGCGUUCAUCUGAAAUGGAGUUGGUGCAGAAGUUGAAAGACAACAUUCGAGAUUUUUCAGCACAAUUAUCAAAUGUUCAGUUCACGUAUCGUGAUCCUGUGAAAAAUUUUGAUAGAUCAAAAGUAAAAGGCGUGGUAGCGAAACUUAUUAAAGUAAAGGAUAGCUCCACAGCAACUGCCUUAGAGGUUACUGCUGGUGGCAAGUUAUUUAAUGUUGUGGUAGACACUGAAAAUACCGGAAAGCAACUUCUUCAAAAUGGUGAUCUUCGAAGAAGAGUAACAAUUAUUCCAUUGAAUAAAAUUCAACCCCAUACUGUACCCCCAAGAGUUCAACAGGCUGCCACUAGAUUGGUUGGCAAAGGGAAUGCAGAACUGGCACUUUCUUUAGUUGGUUACGAUGAGGAUUUAAGAAGUGCUAUGGAAUAUGUUUUUGGUUCGACAUUUGUUUGCAAAACAAUUGAUGCAGCUAAGGAGAUCGCUUUUAAUAGAGAAAUUCGCACUCCCAGCGUUACUCUUGAAGGAGAUAUAUUUCAACCAAGUGGUCUUUUGACUGGUGGGAGCCGCAAGGGUGGUGGUGAUCUCUUAAGGCUACUACAUGAAUUGGCAGAGGCUGAAUCAGACCUUUUACUACAUCAAAGAAGAUUAUCUGAAAUUGAAGCAAAGAUUAUGGAGCUUCUGCCUCUUCAUAAAAAGUUUGUGGACCUUAAGAAACAGCUAGAACUUAAACAGUAUGACCUUUCAUUAUUUCAGGGCAGGGCUGAGCAAAAUGAGCAUCAUAAGCUAGGUGAAGUAGUGAAGAAGAUUGAGCAGGAGCUUGAAGAAGCAAAUUCUACAGCCAAAGAGAAGCGGAUUUUGUAUGAUGAAUGUGUUACUACAGUAUCAAUGCUGGAGAAGUCGAUUAAGGAACACGACAAUAAUCGAGAAGGCAGGCUCAAAGACUUGGAGAAAAAGAUCAAGGCUAUAAAGGCUCAGGUGCAGUCAGCUUCAAAAGAUCUCAAGGGGCAUGAAAAUGAAAGAGAGAGACUCAUUAUGGAACAGGAGGCAGUCAGCAAAGAACAGGCUUCUUUGGAGAGUCAAUUAGGUUCCUUAAGGACACAAAUUAACCAUCUCAAUUUGGAAGUAGAAGAACAAAAAGCCAAGGUUGCUUCUGUACGCAAUAAUCAUGAGCAAGCUCAAUCUGACCUCAAGUUGAUAAGUCAAAAGAUGAAAGAAUGUGAUUCUCAAAUUAGUAGCAUUUUGAAGGAGCAGCAAAAGCUCCAACAAAAAGUUAGUGAGACAAAGCUUGGUAGGAAGAAGUUAGAGAAUGAGGUAAAAAGAAUGGAAUUGGAACAGAAAGAUUGCUCAAUGAAGGUGGACAAGUUGAUUGAGAAGCAUGCGUGGAUUGCGUCUGAGAAACAGCUAUUUGGAAGAAGUGGAACAGAUUAUGAUUUUAUGUCCCGUGAUCCGUUUAAAGCAAGGGAAGAACUUGACAAACUGCAAACAGAACAAUCAGGCCUUGAGAAAAGGGUGAACAAGAAGGUUAUGGCAAUGUUUGAGAAAGCAGAAGAUGAGUACAAUGAUUUAAUGUCCAAAAAGAACAUUAUUGAGAAUGACAAGUCAAAAAUCAAGAAGGUCAUUGAAGAGCUUGAUGAGAAGAAGAAGGAAACUCUCAAAGUUACUUGGGUUAAAGUUAACAAUGACUUUGGAUCCAUCUUUUCUACCCUCUUGCCUGGAACCAUGGCAAAGCUAGAACCUCCUGAAGGUGGUAGUUUCCUGGAUGGUCUGGAGGUUCGUGUUGCAUUUGGAAGUGUUUGGAAACAGUCCUUGUCAGAACUAAGUGGAGGUCAACGAUCUCUGCUUGCCCUUUCGUUAAUCUUGGCACUGCUUCUCUUCAAGCCAGCUCCACUCUAUAUCCUGGAUGAGGUCGAUGCAGCCCUAGAUUUGAGCCACACACAGAACAUAGGGAGAAUGAUCAAAGCUCAUUUCCCGCAUUCCCAGUUUAUUGUAGUUUCACUGAAAGAAGGCAUGUUCAACAAUGCCAAUGUUCUUUUUCGGACUAAAUUUGUAGACGGUGUUUCAACUAUCCAGAGGACUGUGGCUGCUAAGCAGAACAAGUGAUUGCUGUCAUAUCUCAGAUCAUUUGUUGCACAUGUUGCUAGCUGAUAGCCUGGUGGAACUUUUGGCUGCGAGUCCUGGACAGCUGAAUGUCAAGGUUUUGCUGAGCAGCGCAUUUGGCAGGGCGUAAUGGUGUUCUAUAUGUAUUUAGUGAUGUAUUUGUAAUGUUAAUUAUGUAAAUGAAUAUGUAAAAACUUGUAGUGACCCUAUUGUACGGUAAGGCUAACGAUAUAUGAAACCAUCAAACCAAUGUGAAAUGAUAGUGUCUAGUCUCUUGUAAGCUUGUAAAAUGCAGAAGUUUGGCAUAUACAAUUAUUGCAGAAAAUUAUAGAAAUUAGUGAUCAAUUGCGGAA